UCCCCACAAGUCCAACCAAUUUGCACCUAAAACCCAAAUUUCUCUCUCUCUCUAGCUUUACCAUUUUCUUCUACUAACCGAAAAUAAUGGCCGAAACCGCCAAAUCCACGCCUGCAUCGGUGGACAUGGCUAAUCCGGAGGAGCUUAAGAAGGUUUUCGACCAGUUUGAUUCCAACGGCGAUGGCAAGAUCUCUGUAGCUGAGCUCGGCGGCGUCUUUAAGGCCAUGGGCACUUCGUACACGGAGACUGAACUCAACCGCGUCCUGGAGGACGUCGAUACAGAUCGCGACGGCUUCAUCAACGUCGACGAGUUCUCAGCUCUCUGCCGCUCGUCUUCCUCCGCAUCCGAGAUCCGCGACGCCUUCGAUCUCUACGAUCAGGACAAAAACGGCCUCAUCUCCGCCUCUGAGCUUCACCAGGUCCUUAACCGCCUCGGGAUGUCCUGCUCCCUCGAAGACUGCUCUCGGAUGAUCGGACCCGUCGACGCUGACGGCGACGGAAAUGUCAAUUUCGAAGAGUUUCAGAAGAUGAUGACGUCAUCCUCCCUCAUCAACAGCAACGGAUCCGCGAACGGAGCUUCGGCUUAGGGGUAAUUUAGGAAUGCUAAUGAAUGCUGGAAUUAAAGGGGUUCGAUCGAGGCGCAAUUUUUUACUCGUUUUCUGAAUGGCUACUCCUUAUUCUGGCCCAUUUUCCGACGUAAUUUAUAAACUUAAGUGAUAUUCCAUCUGUUUCACUAUACUCUUUCUUUC